UGCAGCAAGAGAGACCAGGUUUAGACCAGGAGUAGUCCAGACCAGGACACAGACAAGAUUUAGACCAGGUUUAGACCAGGAGUAGUCCAGACCAGGACACAGACAAGAUUUAGACCAGGUUUAGACCAAGUCCUGAUUCUUGAGACUAAACCUCAACCACAUUUGCUUUCCUGCAGAGACAUGGCGCUCAGUUUCCUCCCUGGGAGCCCCCGCCCGACUUUUCCUCUGGAAGUUAAAGCUGCACAAUGGAAUGUUUCUGAGGGAAGGAUGACACAUUCUUGCCCGGGAUGUUUCACGGUGGAGUCUGUGUCAUACUGGAACCUGAACGUCACAGUGCUCCGAGCAAAGACCCAGAACAGCCAAGACUACUGGUCUGAGUCGGACCUGUACGUGGCUCUGACGUUACCGACGGCAACAGCCACGACUCGCCGAACCACAACCAUCAACAACAAGAACAACCCUGAGUGGAACGAAGGAUUCAGCUUUAGAGUUCCCACCAAGACCAAGAACAUUCUGGAGAUCCGUCUGUAUGAUGAGGACCUGUUGUCUGGAGAUGACCUGCUGUCCACAGUCCUGCUUGACCUGGAGACUCUGGAGAUGGACUCGAGGGUCCGCAGAUCCUUCAGCCUGGACCCAGAGACCAAAGACGUUCUGGAGCUGGAGUUUGAGCUGACGAGCAGUGAAGAUGAGACUCAGGAGUACCUGUCCAACGGGAUCCUGAUGGCGGCUCCUCUGUCUGUGCUGAACAUCAGUGUCCAAAAGAUCCAGCACGCUCACUACCUGUCCUGCUGUCGGAUGCUGACCCUGUGUGGAGCCUAUGAGAAGAACCAGCCUUUGGACCCUGAGAAACACGACCUACUGUUCCACAUGAACCGAGAGCUGGAGACGGAGCUCGGAGUCACUGAGAUGAAGGUGAGCGUAGAGCCUGAAGUGGAGCAGAUGCAGGAAGUGCUUAUGUCGUCUGUUCCUCUGAAGCCCAUCUCCUCUCGGCACUUGUCAAAUGUCUCGCUCACUGUGGACAAGGACACUGUGGAUCUGCACCUGGAGUUAAAGGAAAGGGGUAAGGAGGAUCUGGGUGUGCGUCUGUCUCAGGACAUCCCCUCUCAAGAGAAGGUGUUCCUGCAGAAGAGGAGGAGGAUCGUGGCUCAGGCUCUUCAGGCUCUGCUCGGGCUGGAGUCUCCGCCCUCAGAGGACCAGGUGCCGACCAUUGCCGUGGUGGUGUCGGGGGGCGGGGCCAGAGCCUGCACUGGGCUUCUGGGCUCUCUGAAAGGUCUGAAGGAGAUGGGAGUUCUGGACGCGGUCACUUACAUCACCACACUGUCUGGGUCCACAUGGGCAAUGUCGGCUUUGUGCCAGCACGAGAACUGGUCCCAAAACCUGGAGAGCAUCAUAUCAGAGACCAGGAAGCAGAUGACCAAGACAACCUGGAGUGCCUUUACUUUGGAGAAGAUGCAGUACUACUACACUGAGAUGGAGAAGAAGGAGAAACAGGGCCACUUAGUGUCCUACAUUGACAUGGCAGGACUCAUCGCAGAGCACUUUGUGUUCGGACAGAAAAACACCAGUACUCUGUCUGAUCAGAAGAAGACGGUGACGAAUGGUCAGAACCCUCUCCCCAUUUACACUGCAGUCAAUGUGAAGGAGGCGAUUAACGGGAACCUGCCUGAGGCCGAGUGGGUGGAGUUCACGCCAUUCGAGGUGGGUCUGCAGAAAUAUGGAGCCUUUAUCAGAGCAGAAAACUUCGACUCAGAGUUUUUCCUUGGACAUUUGAUCAAGAAGCUUCCGGAGCUCAGACUUCCAUUUCUCAUCGGCAUCUGGAGCAGCGCCUUCUCUGUCAACUUCACCUCUCUGUGGAAAGCAGUGACCGGUAGCGACCCCCAGUGGACCCCAAAGGACACCGAGGUGGAGGACAUUGAGACAGACAAUGUGCACUCCACUCUGGACACCGUCCUCCUCAGCCCUGAGCAAAGCUUCACUGCUGCAUUCGCCAGAUUCUUUAAAAACCGACCAAUCAUCAACCAGACUUUCAACUUCACCAGAGGACUGUCCCUGCACCAGAAAUACAGCGACAACAGCAACUUCCUUUCAUGGAAAGACUCUCACCCGGAUGCUUUCCCAAACCAGCUGACCCCGUCUGACCCCACCCUUCAUCUCAUUGACUCGGGACACUCCAUAAACAUCGGCUGUCCUCCUGUGCUUCGUCCCGAGAGACACGCCGACGUUAUUAUAAUUCUCAGCUACUCCUGGGAUCCUCAGAACAUCUUUAAAGUGAUGGAGAAGACAUGUGAGUUCUGUGAGGAGCACAAAGUGCCCUUUCCCUCUCCAGACUUCACAGAGCUCAGACAGCAGCCACAGAGAGAGGUGUAUGUGUAUGAGGACCCAGAGACGCCCGCCGCCCCCAUCGUCCUGCACCUGCCCCUGGUCAACAUCUCCUUCAGGGAUCAAAAGGCCCCAGGUGUGAAGCGUGAGACGGAGGAGGAGCUUGCGGCAGGUCGUGUGGACGUGAGCUCCUCGGCAUCUCCGUACACCACAAAAAACAUGACAUACUCUGAGGACGAUUACGACUCUCUGAUCGAACUCACACGCUACAACGCCCUCCACAGCAGAGAUGCCAUUUUGUCUGCCAUCUCCAAAGCUCUGACCCGUCUGACCUCUGACCCCUGAACACCUCUGCCCUCUCGAAAGCCCUGAGUCGUCUGACCUCUGACCCACCUCUGCCCUCUCCAAAGGUCUGAGCCGUCUGACCUUUAACCCACCUCUGACUCCUGGCCCCUCUGCUCUCUCCAAAGAUUUGACCCCCGAUCCCACUGCCCUCUUUAAAGCUCUGACCUGUGAUCCCUGGCCUUUGUAUUUUCUAUGUACAGAGGAUUUCGGUCUGAUCACACUUCCUCCUCUGCAUCUCAGGCCAAACUCAAAGCCGUCCAGUCAGGUUUAUACAGUGAGGCAAAUAAGUAUUUGAACACCCUGUGAUUUUGCAAGUUCUCCCACUUAGAAAUCAUGGAGGGGUCUGAAAUGUUCAUC